GCCGGCACGCAACGCAGCCUCCUUCACGAGACCACCGGAAAAAUCCUAUAAGACGCCGCACGGCCCCUCGUCCCCCCGCCGUCGUAGCCCCCUUCUCCUACACAGAAUCGCCGCCGCCUCCGGCCAAACAACCGCCGCCACACACGGCCCCCAAAUCUUUUCCUCUCCACAAGCUGGCAGCUAUAGCGCGUCGCGUCGUCGUCUAUACCGAAAGGAAGCCAAGGAGAACACUCCUCUUCCUCUCCCUCCCUUCUUCCAUAGUUCCAUUCAAUUCCAUCCCAUCCCAAAUCCAAGCAGAACCGAAGCUCCGGACAGUUUGAGAUUCAAUCGAGGAUGGUGGCGCCGGUGGUGAUCGCGUCGGCGGGGCUCGGCAUGCUGGCGGGCCUGGCGAUGGCGAACCGGUCGCUGGGGGACGGGCUCCCGGCGGCGUCCAGGUGGGACGCGCGCCCGCGCUGCGCCACGUGCGGCGGCUCCGGCCGGGUCGAGUGCCUGUGCAACCGCUGGUCCGACGGCGACUCCGGCUGCCGGACCUGCGCCGGCUCGGGCAGGAUGCCCUGCCGCAGCUGCGGCGGGUCCGGCACGGGAAGGCCGCUCCCCGCGCGGCUCACCGUCCAGCACCAGAAGCCGCCGCCGCCGGCCGGCUACAACUGACGGUCGGUCGAUCGAUUGAUUAGGUAUAUGUCCAUAUCCAUGGAUCGAUGAUUAUAGCUCGUUCUUUGCGCUCGAGGCGCAAGCGAAAAACUCCGCUAGCUAGUAUGGAAAUAUACGUCCAUUCGAUCGUGUGGAUGAGAUGUUGUAUGUAUAUGUCUCUCUGCUUCAUCAAGACUUGUAGUAAUUGAGCAUACUUGUGUUGAUGUUGUUAGUAAUUUGCAAAUUGCGCAACACAAGGGAAGGAAGAAAGAAAAAAGAGGGGGAAAAAGUUUGGAGAUCUACCCGAGAACGAACAUGCAUGAUUGAGAGUAGACAGAGGGCACAAGAGAUGAAGAACAGUUUUUCUGGCAAAGUUGUAGUUAUGGUGGUGGAUGUAAUAUAUGCUUGGAUUAUUCGUUAAUAUAUAUAUAUAUAUAUAUAUAUAUAUAUAUAUAUAUAUAUAUAUAUGCGCGCACAUACACAUGAUUUACUAGCUAGACCGAGAUUUGUUGUGAGUGCCCUUUUCUUGGAUGCCCUUCUUAUUAAUUUGUUAUUGACUUAGUGGUGCUCGGUUGGUUGA